UUUUCUUCUCCCACACUUGGAAGCCAAUUAAAACCGAUACAGGUUACUUUAAUUAAACAGCAAAUCAAACACCCUACAUGAGUUGUUUGGAGGGGAAGAAAAGGCUGGCUGUUUUGGUUGGGUGCAACUACGCUAACACCCCACAUGAAUUGUUUGGAUGCAUCAACGAUGUAUUGGCCAUGCGAGAUGUGCUUGUUGAGAGGUUCGGGUUCGAUCAAGGGCAUAUAGAGCUCCUUACUGAUGCAGCUGGUUCGUUAGUCAUUCCCACGGGUGCUAACAUUAAGAAGGCAUUGGAUCGGAUGGUCAAUCAAGCUGAAUCGGGAGAUGUUCUGUUCUUUCACUAUAGUGGACAUGGAACAAGGAUCCCAUCAACCAGACCAGGCCAUCCCUUUAGGAAGGAUGAAGCAAUCGUACCUUCUGAUUUCAAUCUCAUCACAGAUGUGGACUUUCGGCAUAUAGUAAAUCGCCUGGCAAAGGAAGCUAGCUUCACGAUUCUUUCAGAUUCGUGCCAUAGCGGAGGCCUGAUUCACAACGAGAGAGAGCAAAUUGGAUCUUCUUCCGUCGCUAAUAACACCAUAUUGCAAUAUUCCUGUAACCCCAAGACAAUCCCUUUUGAAUCCAUUCUACAGCACUUUGCAUCAGUAACAGGCAUAAACACAUCUGAUAUUGGCACCCACUUGCUGGAAUCCUUUGGAGCCGAUGCAAGUCUUAAGUUUAGUUCACAUCCAGUUGAGCUGAAUUUGUUUGAGUUGGGGAAACAGGAUGAAGGGAUUCUUCUUAGCGGAUGCCAAGAAAAUGAGAAUUCUGCAGAUAUGAACCCAAUGAUGACUGGAGGAAAGGUGUAUGGAGCAUUCAGUAAUGCGGUCCAGACAGUUUUGAAGGAUCAUAUGGGCCCGUUAAGCAAUAGACAAGUUGUGGUUAUGAGCAGGAAGGUUUUACAGGCUGCAGGCUUUGUUCAACACCCUUGCCUCUACUGCAGCGAAGACAAUGCUGAUACUCCUUUCUUGUGGCAACCUCAAACUUCAGGUUCAUGAGUCAUUGAAUGAAUCUGCAUGAUUUCUUUGAUAUAGUACCAAUGGGACUAUAUAGAUCAUCAUUCUUUGGUAUUGCAAUAUUAAUGAAGAGGGGAAGAAGAAAAUUCUUGUACAAAUAAUUUUCUCCGGAUUCAUAUGCUAUUCUUCAAGAACAAUUGGAAUUAUAAAGAGGAAAAGUACUAGUGAAAGUUGAUUCCUGUGUAAUUAGAAACUUAUUAC